AGAAGUGCAGUGCACUGCAGCAUGGUUUCUUACAAGUUACUCCUCCUUGGAUUGGUCUUUGCUGGUGCAGUUCUUCAAUCCAUCAAUGGCAAGCUAUCUCCAACUUCCUACUUACCUAGAUGCCCAAAUGCAUUGUCUAUCGUGCAAGACGAAGUUAUCGCAGCCAUUAAGAACGAAAGACGCAUAGGGGCUUCGUUACUCCGCCUGCAUUUCCAUGAUUGCUUUGUAAAUGGUUGUGAUGCUUCAGUACUGUUGGAUGAUACACCAGGCUUUAUAGGUGAGAAAACAGCAGUUCCGAAUAACAACUCGCUUGGAGGAUUUGAAGUAGUUGAUCGGAUUAAAGCCAAGGUUGAGAAGGCAUGCCCGGGAGUGGUAUCUUGUGCUGAUAUUUUAGCUUUAGCUGCGCGCGACUCGGUAGUACAUUUGGGAGGUCCUUCAUGGCAAGUUUAUUUGGGAAGAAGAGAUUCAACCAGUGCUAGUAGGAGUGCUGCAAGCACCUCCAUCCCUCCACCCGCAUCAAAUAUAAGCAGUCUUCUUUCGAGCUUUGCUGCUCAAGGUCUGUCCUUGAGGGACUUGGUCGCACUUUCAGGAUCACACACCAUAGGCUUGGCAAGAUGCACAUCAUUUCGAGCACGCAUCUACAAGGACACCACUACUGAUGCCGUCUUUGCCAAGUCAUUACAGAGCAAUUGCCCAGUAACUGGAAAUGACAACAAUCUUGCAAGCCUGGACCUCCAGACCCCAACAUAUUUUGACAAUUUGUACUACAAGAACCUGCUGAAAGAAAAGGGCCUUCUUCAUUCAGACCAGGAGCUCUUCAAUGGCACACCAGCAGAUGCUAUGGUAAAGCUAUACGCAAGCAACACUUUCGCAUUUUUCUACGAUUUUGCCAACUCCAUGGUCAAAAUGGGAAACAUAAAACCUCUCACAGGAAGCCAGGGUGAAAUCAGAAUCAAUUGCAGAAAAGUCAAUUAACAAAGUAGCAUUUGAAUAUGUAAUUAGAGCUGAUGGACAUGUACUUGAAACAUAUUCAGCAGCCAUUUUCUUUCCAAAACUUUGUGCUAUAUUGAUAUCAUGGCCAAGCACAAUGAACUAUCCGUGAACCAUGAACUACUUUCUUCCUGAAUACUCUGUAAGCUCAGAGACUUUACAUAAGCAACUAUAUAUAUAACUAUCAAAGAGUUGCAUAGAUGUUAAACUAGAGAGUGGUGGUAUGGUAGUUACU